AUGCUGGAAACAAUUGGCCUAUUCAAUGGGAUGCCUAGUGAAGAUCCACUUCUCCACCUAAAAAAUUUCAUGGAGGUAGCAGAUAGCUUCAAGACACAAGGAGUUACAUCAGAUGCACUGAAGAUGAAGUUAUUUCCCUACUCUCUCACCAAUGGGGAUAAGGUAUGGCUGAACACACUACAACCUAAUUCCAUCCGUAGAUGGGAGGACAUGGCUGAAAAAGUCUUGAUGAAAUUAUUUCCUCCCACGGAAGCAAUUCAGUUAAGGAAUGAUGUAGCAGCGUUCCAGCAAUAUGAUGGUGAGACACCUUAUAAAGCAUGGGACAGAUUCAAGGAAUUGCUGCAGAAAUGCCCUAAUCGUGGUAUACCAGAAUGGAUACAAUUGGAGACUUUUUACAAUGGUCUUAACGAUCAAACAAGGGGUGUAGUUGAUGCAUCAGCUGGAGGAGCUCUCUUAGCUAGGACAUUCACUGAAGCAUAUGAAAUCCUAGAGAGGAUGGCAUUUAGCAACUACCAGUGGCCAACAGAAAGAAUGAAUACACCAAAGAAAGCUGCUAGAGUGCUGGAGCAUAAUGAUGUAUCAGUGUUGGUAGAACAUAUUUCAUCUUUGAAUGAUACAAUCAACUCACUCAACUUGUCUGCCGAUGUUAGAGCACAUCAAGUGCAUGCCAUAACCAAUGUUAUAUCAUGUGUCUUCUGUAAUGGUCCUCAUGUUUAUGAUAACUGUCCAAAAAAUCCUCAAUAUGUUUGUUUUGUAGGAAGCUAUAACAUGAAUAAUCCAUAUUUAAACACCUACAAUCAAGGAUGGGGGAGCAACUCAAUUCUUUCAUAUUCACAAGGACAACAACAAGAAUUCUCUGCUACAGCAACACAUUCAAACAGAAUUUCAUACCCUUAUGAAUUUAUGCAGCAGCAACAGCCUAUUCAACAAGUUGAUACAUCAAAUACGCUGGAAAGCAUGUUGAAAGACUUUAUGGCAAGAAGUGAUGCCCUUAUCCAGAACCAAACUGCAUCUAUCAAAAACUUGAAAACUCAGAUGGGACAAUUGGCAGAAGCAAUCAAAAUCAAACAAUAUGACACACUUCCUAGAAGCACAGAGUAUCCAGGGAGAAACGAAGAGGAGCACAUCAAGGCCAUUGAAAUAAAGAAUGGAGAAGAACAUGUCAAUGCUAUAGCAAUAUCAGGUGGUGAAGCCGUAGAUGAACCAGAAGUUAUAAAGAACUACCAUGAGCAGAAGCAGAAGGCAUUAAAUGAAAAAGGAAGGAGAUAA